AUGAAUAAGUUUUGCCAUAAGACUGCUUCAUAUUCAUUAGCUGAUUUUAUUGCUGAAUUCAAAGAAAAUGCUAAACUUGACCAAAUACCAGAUCAUUACCUUAAUAAAGCAUUUAGAUCUAGAAUUGAUCUCGAAACAAGUCAACAUUUACAUACUGCUAAUCUUCACGAGUUUUUUGAAGAUUAUUCUCAACGUUGUCUUGAAGUUUUUCCCUCAGAAGCUUCACAGGACUUAAUUAUUGCGCAAUAUUUGUAUGCUACAAUCGACUAUUCAAAUUUUGCUUCUUCAUUGAGAAAUAUCUAUAAUUUGUCUAUAAAAGCUUAUAAAGAACUACCAGCUUUUCAAGCUCAGUUUGCCUUUCGCCUUAGACUUAAAGAAAUUCUUAUAAAAGACACUGAUUUAUGGUCUUUUGUUAGAGAAUAUAAUAAGGCUAAUCAUACACUAAUUGAGGACUUUAUCUUGCGUCAAAGUCAUGUUGAAUCUGAGUGUCGGCGUAAGCAAGAAGGAAAACCUAAAGCUGAUUAUACAAAAAAAUCUCCUUCUUAUGCUACACAAGCUAUAAAAAAUGAAGAAAUUUCAAAUACCUAUAAGCAUAGUAACUAUGCUGAAAAAACAAUUAGAAAAAUUGCUUCAUUAAAGGUUAAUACUUCAAAUGUUAAUGUUUUAUUUGAUACUGGCUCAGAUGUUUCUCUAAUACAUCAUAAUCUUGUAAAACAUCUUCAACUUAAAACCUUCCCAAUACAAGAAUCUAUAAAAGGUAUUGGUGGUACUUCUAAUCAAACAUCUGCUGCCAUAGUUUAUUUUACAAUUAGCAACAUUAAGCAUCAACUUCACGUAUAUGUUACAAAUAGUUCCGUUCUUUAUAAUAGAAUCUUGGUUGGCAAUGACUUUCUGGAUCGUUUUCCAGAUUUUGCAAUUACUUCUACUUAUGUUAGACUAGCUGGUGAAUUAUUUUACUUCCAUGAUACAAAAGAAGCACAAUUACCAGAAACACAUAUCGCUCUCUCUUCUAAAUUAAAUGAUAAAGAAAGACACGAAGUUUUUGCCAAACACAUAAAAGAAAAGUUUCCUAGUCUUCAUUCUGCCCUUCCCUAUGACAUAGGAAGCUGUACUAUUUCCAUUCCCGAGAAACAUUUUCUUCCUGAAAAAUUCGUUCCUCAAAAACGUUAUAGAAUGAAUCCCGUUCAAUGGGAAAGCUUAAAAAAUCACGUUUCUACUUUAGUAAAUGCUAAAAUUCUCAUUAAACAAGAUACUAAGUACGUAUCUAAUUAUGUUAUCGUUCAAUCACAAGGAAAAAAUGAUCGCUUUGCUAUAGAUCUUAGAUCUAUUAAUGCUGCAACAGUUAGAGAUGGUUAUCCUACUUGUACUGUUCAAGAAAUAUUUCAAGAAAUUAAGGGUUCUCAUUUUAUAACUACUAUAGAUGCUACAAAAGCAUUCCUUUCUCUUCAAUUAUCCCCUUCUGAUUACCAAUAUUACGGUGUAUAUACACUUUUUGGCAUGUAUUGUUAUACAAGAAUGCCGUUUGGUGAUGUAAAUGCCAUGGCGGCAUGGCAACGCGUUUAUGACACAAUUGCUAUCAAAUCUCAAUCUCCUGCUUUAUCUUAUGCUGAUGAUAUGCUUAUUUUAGAUAAACAAAAUGAUAUUUAUAAACAUCUCAAUGAUGUUGUUAAUUUAUGUACUGUUGCUACUCAACAUGGUCUUAAGUUUAAUGUAGAUAAGUGUAAAUUUGCUCAACAACAAAUUACAGUUCUUGGUUGGCUAACCGAUGGUUCUUUUCGUCAGCCUGGAAAAAAAGCUACAUUUGCCAUGACUAAUCGUAAAUUAUCUUCUACUGUCAAAGAAUUAAAAGAAUUUCUUGCUAGUGCGGAUUUUUUUCGUGAUGCAGUAAAAAAUUUUACAGCACGUGCUACCCCUUUCUUGAUUGUGUUAGAAUUAACAAGAAAGGAAAGGUAG